GCUGUGGGCCGGAGCCAUGAGCCGUUAUCAGAGGUUGAUGAGCACUUCCCUUCAGUGCCAACGGUUCCACACUGCAGCAGGACGUCUAAAGAGCAAAACGGGGGCAGAGCACCGCUGGCUGGAGCGACAUCUUAAGGAUCCAUUUGUGAGGGCAGCAAAACAGCAUAAUUAUCGUUGCCGGAGUGCUUUCAAACUGCUGGAGAUAGAUGACAAACAUAAGGUUCUUCAUCCGGGGCUCUCUGUGAUAGACUGUGGGGCAGCUCCUGGAGCUUGGAGUCAGGUUGCUGUACAGCGAGUGAAUGCUUUGGGCACUGAUCCUAAUGCCCCUGUUGGUUUUGUGCUUGGAGUUGACCUUCUUCAUAUUUCCCCCCUGGAAGGAGCAGUCUUCCUUCCCAAUGCUGAUAUUACAGAUCCAGUCACGCUUAAGAAGAUCCAGGAACUCCUUCCUACAGAGAGGGCAGAUGUUAUCUUGAGUGACAUGGCACCUAAUGCCACAGGGAUCCGAGAGCUUGAUCAUCAGAAGUUGAUUAACUUGUGCUUGACCCUUUUGGAUCUCUCCCAAAGUAUCUUGCGGCCAAGGGGAACCAUCCUCUGUAAAUUCUGGGAUGGACGGGAAGCCCAUCUGCUCCAAAACAGACUAAUGGAGCAUUUCCAAGAUGUGAGAACUAUAAAGCCUCAGUCCAGCCGGAAGGAGUCAGCAGAGAUCUAUUACUUGGCAAAACUAUACAACCAUGGAGUGAAACAUCAGAAUGGAAUGGAAAUCCAUCAACCUUAG